AUGAUACACCCGUCACGGCAAGCAUAUGUGGAGGAAGCAGAGCAAAGCACGGGCAUUGCUCUGGAAGACCUCCCAGAAGAUCAUGACUACGAAAUGAAUAUGGGCGAUGGCGCCCCGCCCGAGAAGGCAUCCGCCAUCCUCAGCCAAUUCAAUCGAAAACGACUUGCUGCCACCAUUGCUGUCCCUACCGACGAUGGCCGAGUUCGUGCCAGGUUACGAGAGAUGGGAGAGCCCAUGACCCUCUUCGGUGAGGGACCACCCGAUCGCCGAGACCGAUUGCGGGAGCUUCUCACCAUCCAGGCAGAAAUGGCUGGACUGGAGAGCGGCGACAUCACCAUGGAGGAUGCCGACAAAGCAGAGGAGGAAGAGCAAGAGGAGGAAUUCUAUUCGAGAGGAGGUCCAGAACUACUACAAGCCCGCAUCAACAUUGCAGAAUUCUCGCUGCCUCGGGCAAAAAGAAGGACGGCGUUUCAGAAAGUAGAAUCUACAAUUCCCUUGCGGACACAUGUCAAGUUCCGGAAGCAAAUCAAGGAGCGGUUACAGGCAUUUGAGCUGCAAGGGAGUCAGACGGUUGGUGAGAGGCAUAUAAGCAUGACAAGAUUCUCCCCCAACGGAGAACUGGUUGCUGUUGGUAACUGGGGUGGUCAAGUCAAGCUGGUUGAGAUACCAAAUUUGACGGAGAAGAUGAGCUUCCGUGGACAUACCAAUAAAAUCAGUGGACUCUCGUGGUUCCCUGGAGCCACCUUGCCGGAGAGCGGAGUUUCCCCAGACUCUGUCAACCUUGCCUCUGGUGGUGCCGAGGGAAUGGUCCAUGUAUGGUCUUUAAACCAGGACACCCCGUUGUCAAGCUUCAAGGGGCACUCGCAGAGAGUUUGCCGGGUGGAGUUUCAUCCAUCUGGCCGGUACCUCGCAUCCGCUUCAGAGGAUACUUCAUGGCGACUUUGGGACGUGGAAUCAAAUGCCGAGCUUCUACUUCAAGAGGGCCACUCCCGUGGUGUUUACGCCAUUAGUUUUAAUACGGAUGGCUCUCUGCUUGCUAGCGCAGGUCUGGAUAGCAUCGGAAGGAUAUGGGAUCUACGGUCAGGACGCACUGUAAUGAUUCUCGAUGGUCAUAUGGAUGGACACAUCAAGCCAAUACACGCUUUGGACUGGAGCUCUGAUGGGCACCGAGUCCUAUCUGGCUCUGCUGACGGGUGGAUAAAAUGCUGGGACGUCCGAAAAGUACAGAGAUCUGGCGGCAUUGGUGCUCAUAAUAGCGCUGUGUCUGACAUGCGGUGGUUCAAAGGCUUGGACGACCCUCUGCUCGGAAUCCCACCGGGCCAAGACGACAAGGGAAUGCAGCUGCCCAAGAAGGCAGGGACAUUUUUCGUCUCCAGCGGUUUUGACCGCAAUGUGAAGAUCUUCUCAGCUGAUGAUUGGACCUUGGUGCAGACGCUGAGCGGGCACACUGCUCCUGUUGCCAGCGUCGACUACAGCAGAGAUGGACGGUGGAUUGUGAGUGGAGGGCACGACCGCACAGUCAAGCUUUGGGGAAGAAACGACGGCGAGGCGAUAUAG